CCUGCUGGAGAGCAGCGGGAUGUGGCCAGGACACCAAGCUUGGCCCUGCUCCUUGUGUCCCACGGAAGGGACGAGGAAACGCAAUAGAAAAGGGGCAAACGGGUUUGUGACCCCGUCCUGGGUGCCAGGGGGUGACGGGGCAGCCGGUGCCACCGCGCUGGUCCCUGCGGAGCCGCCAGGAGGGGACGCGAGAGCCGGGAGCCGGUGCCGAGCCCUGGAGCAAAGGGGACAGAGCCGGGACUGGCCUGGCACUGCUGGGACACACCUGGGACACCAAGCACCGGUGCCACACAGACCUGCAGAGGAUGUCUUGGCAGGGGCAGAGAGCCUGUGUGGGUCAGGAGUGGCUGGACAAGGAGAAAACUUCACAAGAAGAGAAACUGGAGCUGCUGGAGGUCAGCGCACUCCCGGUUUUCCAGAGGGGCCAGGAUCACACCGGCAGGGCCAUGGGAAGGAGCACACACAUCCCACCCCUGCCAGCAGCUCAGCCCCUUUUCCAGCCACGUGUAUCCCCCGGGAAACAUUCCGUGCUGCCCAAAUUCCUGAAGAACCAAACUGGAUUUAUCCACCGGGAGGUUUUAUUGAGGGACUGAGACUUUUAGGAGAAGGAUUUGUGGGGAAAACCACCCUUGUGGCUGUAGGAAAACUGGGGUGACUGUCUGCAGGUCAGAAGGUCCCUGGAGAGCCCCAGCAGAGACAGGGAGAGCUGGAAUUUUGGGAAGGGCAGAGAAGCAGGCAGGGGUGAGAAUUCCUGGGCACUGACCCACCAAACCUCAGCUCUUUUCCAAUGGGCGUCAAGGCGGGGGUGGUGCCGCCCUGGCCGGGAGGGACCUGGACACUGCCCGUGGGAAGAGCCCUGCAGGAGCCGGGGGUGGCCCUGGGCAGCCAGAGGGUGACUCUGCUCCUCCUGCAGAGGCUGCGGGAGCUGGAGCGGGGCAGCCGCUCCCUCCUGCAGCAGCGGCUGCGGGUCCUGCAGCGGCUCCACGGGCUGCUCCAGAGGGACAAGGCGGAGACCCUUCGGCAGCUCCGGGAGGCCCUGGAGCAGGAUCGGGCCGGCAGGAGCGUCCUGCGGGAGCAUCUCCCGAGCCGCCCGCGGGAUGCGGCGGUGCCGGGGCGGGCUGGGGGCUCCCGGGCCCUGGGGACCCCCCCCCGCCCCAGCAGUGCCGUGGGACCCGGCCCCUCGCCGGCAGCGCUCGGGUGGGUCCCAGGAGCUGCCCAGGGGGACGGGGGGGUCCCACUCGUGCGAGCCUCCCUCCCUCCCUGUCCCCGCAGCUCAUCCCUGCCCUCCCCCAGCCGCGCUCUCCGCGUCCUGCGGCGGCUCCGGCAGCAAAUCCAGCGGCGCCUCGGGCAGUGGCAGAGGCUGCAGGGAGCCCUGGGAGCCGCAGGACACAGGCAGGAGGACGAGGAGCAGAGGCAGCAGCCGGAGAAGGUCCCAGCUCCAGGAGCCCCGAGGGAGCCCCUGGUCCAGGGACAGAGGGAACAUCCCAAUCCCUCCCUGUCCCUGAGCUCCCGGGGGCUCCUGCAGCAGCUCCAGCAGCACUUCCAGGAGCUGCAGCUGGAGAAGACACGGGACACGGGGAGCCCGACGGCCCUGGGGGACAAUUGGGCACCAGAGAGGAGACCCGGGGCCAGCCCGGGGUGGGGACUCCCCCUCUGCCACCGGCCCAGCGCUGAUCCAAGGAAAGGAGGAGGGGCAGAGCUCCACCAUGGAGCACAAUUCCCGGUGGGAACAGCCCUCAGGCAGGUCCCACCAGCACCACCCCACGGCACCAGUGAUCCCAGGGUCACUGUUGGAUCCUGAGGGAAUCAGGUGGGAUGGCCAUGGAAUCCCAGGGAUCGGGCACAGGGCUCCCACAUCCUCUUCCCAGCCUGCAGCUCCUCCCCCGGUCACUCCCCCAUCUCUCACUCUGGGACAGAGCCGGGGGCAGCUUGCAGGUGACAUUUUCUCUUCUGUUCCACCACGAGGACACCGGUUGGAUAUCUGGGAAAAAUUCCAAGCUGAAAAGGAAAUUAAACACUGGCCCAAGCUGCCCAGGGCAGUGGUGAAAUCACCAUCCCUGGAAGUGUCAAAAAACCAGGUCCAUGUGGCACUUUGGGAAGGGCUUUAGUGGGAUUUGCUCAAAGGUUGGACUUGAUGAUCUUGGAGGUCUUUUCCAGCCUUGAUUCCGUGAUUCUGAGUUUUCUCCCUGGACACUGAGGUCUCACUUAUGGAAUUACAACGGGCAGAACAAAGCUCCUGAAAAUUCCUCAAAAAGCACCACGAGGUUGUGACAGAUCCUGGAGCUGCCAGGCGCCCUUGGACAAGUGGGAUCUGCCCAUGGAGCCAGGCUGGGAUCACUGACCCUGGGACAGAGAGGUUUCAUGGAAAAAACCCAAGGGAAUUGUUCUGUUUGGAUGCUUUAAUUUAAUUUGGAAAAGGAGAAACCCAUUCUUCCAUCUCUGCACAUCUUGGGAAAUGCUGGUUUUAAUUUGCAGGAGAACAUCCAAGGAAAGUUUCUCCACGUGAAAAGGGAGAAAUGGGAGUUUCUUGCAGGAUUUCAUUGCUGUGCCCAGGGGAGGGAAUGGAUGAGGAUUGGAAUAUUUGUGUGCUUUCUUUCCAAUGAAAAUAAAAGUGAGUUUUGUUUGUUUCUCUGCAAUGUGGGAUCAGGGAAAAUCUGGAAUCCCUCAGGAUGCUUGGUCAGUCCCUGGCUGAAGGUCAGAAUUUAUUAUUUUCCUUUUAAGUUCCACAAGCAGGACAGUGCCACAAACCCAUUUUUAUACAGUUUUUAAUUAAACCCCAAAUGUUUGCAAGGCUCCGUGGGUGUCUCUGCCAACCUCAGGGCUCCUGGACAUGUGGAUGGCACCAAGGGACACAGAACUGAGCCUUCAGCAGGAGAUUGCUGGAGAAAUGGUCCCCAAAUCCCUGAAUGGUCACAGCCAGGACUUCAUCCUGGGGGAUUUUCCGCUUGUCCAAGUGCCAGGUGCUCCCUUGUGGUGUCGCAGAACCAGGGAGGGGAUCCUGGGGGCACCUCUGGGGCACAGCCUGGGGGGUGCUGGGUCCCAGGUAGUGCAGGGACCCAGUUUUGGGGUGCAGGGACCCAAAGUUGGGUGCAGAGACCCAGUUUUGGGCUGUAGGAUGCCAAGGUUGAGGUGCAGGGUCCCACAUAGGGGUGGGUGCCAAAUUUUAGGGUUCAGGGUCCCGGUGCUGGUGCCAUGUGUGGGGUCCUGGAUCCUUUGGAUCCACUGCCACAAGAAACUGAAAUUAUUCCCCAGGGAAAACAAAAGAGUGAAAAGGACAUGAUUUAAAGGGGAUCUUUUGGUUUGGUUCUGGAGCAGGAUCCUUUCCAGUGGGAAUUGAGCAGGGAAUGCUCUUGGGAUGGAGUUUUCCAACCCUGUGGUGCUGUUGGGAUUUUGGAACCAAUUGAACCCUUUCCUGGGAGGAACCUCUAAAGGAGCUGUGAGGCAGCAGAUGGAGUCAGAUGUUUUCAAAUAUCCAUGAAUUCACCUUUCCCCCCCCAUUUCUGACCUUUUUUCCCACCCUGGGGUGCAGCUGGAAUGUGCUCGGACACCGCAGCCACUGCCUCGCUCUGGAGGCAUCCAGAGCAUCCCAGGGAUUGCUUGGGAAGCUGCUGAUGUUGCUAAAGGGUCUGAAGUGCAGCACUUCCCAGUAAAACAGCUGGGAAUUCCUCAUCCUCU